AUGGCCCGGCAUCGGAAUGUUCGAGGCUAUAACUACGAUGAAGAUUUUGAAGAUGAUGAUCUUUAUGGCCAGUCCGUAGAAGAUGAUUAUUGUAUUUCUCCGUCAACAGCUGCUCAGUUUAUUUACUCACGACGUGACAAACCUGCUGAGCCUGAAGAAUAUGAUUAUGAAGAUCUGAAAGAAUCCUCCAAUUCUAUUUUGAACCAUCAGCUAAGUGAAUUUGAUCAAGCUCGUCUUUAUUCAUGCCUUGAUCAUAUGAGAGAGGUAUUAGGAGAUGCUGUGCCGGACGACAUAUUGAUUGAAGCAGUUCUGAAGAACAAGUUUGAUGUGCAGAAGGCUUUGUCAGUGCUUCUGGAACAAGAUAAAAUGCAGAAAUUGAAGGUCAAGAAUGAGGGAGCAAUAUCCACGGGAAAGACAGCAAAAGGAAAAUCAAUAGAUUCCCAGUCAUCUCGAAGCGAAUGUGACAUUGUGCCAAAAGUUGCUAAAAUGACUGUAUCUGGAAAGAAGCCAACCAUGGGAUUUGAAGUGCCUGGAGUAACAGCUGAAGAAAAUGGUCAUGGUAUCCACACACCUCAAAAAGGACACCCUAGUGAUGAUACCAGCUUGGCUUCUUCUGAUGCUCUCGAUUCCGUUUCUAAAUCAGCUGUUCCACCCCACACCAUUCAAGCAUCAGAGGAGCAGAGUUCAACACAAACACCAGGGAGAAAGUCUGGCAAGCUGAAGCAGCAGAUAGAUGUCAAAGCAGAGCUGGAGAAGCGGCAAGGAGGGAAGCAACUCCUCAACUUAGUGGUCAUUGGUCAUGUUGAUGCUGGGAAAAGUACUCUGAUGGGCCAUAUGCUUUAUCUUCUGGGUAAUGUAAACAAAAGAACUAUGCAUAAGUAUGAACAAGAGUCUAAAAAGGCUGGCAAAGCUUCGUUUGCAUAUGCAUGGGUCUUGGAUGAGACUGGAGAAGAAAGGGAAAGGGGAGUAACAAUGGAUGUUGGUAUGACAAAGUUUGAGACUACAACCAAAGUUAUAACAUUAAUGGAUGCUCCAGGCCAUAAGGAUUUCAUUCCAAAUAUGAUUACGGGAGCGGCCCAGGCAGAUGUAGCUGUUUUAGUUGUAGAUGCCAGCAGGGGAGAGUUUGAAGCUGGAUUUGAGACUGGGGGACAAACACGAGAACAUGGCCUCUUGGUUCGUUCUCUUGGAGUAACACAGCUUGCAGUUGCAGUCAAUAAAAUGGAUCAGGUUAAUUGGCAACAAGAAAGAUUUCAAGAGAUUACUGGAAAACUUGGGCACUUUCUUAAGCAAGCAGGUUUUAAGGAAAGUGAUGUUGCUUUUAUCCCUACAAGUGGUCUCAGUGGUGAAAAUCUAAUCACUAGAUCCCAGUCGAGUGAACUUACAAAAUGGUAUAAAGGACUUUGUUUACUAGAACAAAUUGAUUCUUUCAAGCCUCCUCAACGAUCUAUCGAUAAGCCUUUUAGAUUAUGUGUAUCUGAUGUUUUCAAAGAUCAAGGAUCUGGAUUUUGUGUAACUGGGAAAAUUGAAGCUGGUUAUAUCCAAACUGGUGACCGACUACUAGCAAUGCCUCCUAAUGAAACCUGUACAGCAAAAGGAAUCACUCUGCAUGAUGAACCUGUUGAUUGGGCAGCAGCAGGCGAUCAUGUUAGUCUUACGUUGGUUGGGAUGGAUAUCAUCAAAAUUAAUGUUGGCUGCAUAUUCUGUGGUCCCAAAGAACCCAUUAAAGCUUGCACUCGGUUCAGAGCCCGAAUUCUCAUCUUUAAUAUUGAAAUUCCUAUCACUAAAGGAUUUCCUGUGCUGUUACACUACCAGACUGUCAGUGAGCCUGCUGUUAUUAAACGAUUGAUUAGCGUCUUGAACAAAAGCACGGGUGAGGUCACCAAGAAGAAGCCUAAGUUGUUGACUAAAGGUCAGAAUGCAUUGGUAGAGCUACAGACACAAAGACCAGUGGCUCUUGAGUUAUACAAAGACUUUAAGGAACUGGGAAGGUUCAUGCUACGCUACAGUGGUUCUACAGUAGCUGCUGGGGUAGUCACUGAGAUAAAAGAAUGA